AUACAAAAUCGAAACUAUUCUCAAGAGAAAAAUAAUAAAAAAGUAAUUGUGCUUCUGUCUUCCUUGCUUUGAGAAUAUGAAUGCUCUUGGCGGUGGAGGCCAUGGCGGGCUUUGGGGUUGGAACCCUUCACCGAGAAAACCGAAACAACAAAGAAAAGGGCGAUUUGAUUCCAAAUCCCAGUCCUCCAAUUCUGUGGAGGCAACCGGAGGAGCCGGUCACUGGUUCCCCUUAAAGCAAGCUGCCACAGCUGGCGCACUGGCUCUAACAGGAGACACAAUUGCUCAGCUCAGCCAGCGGUGGACAAAAGCCAAGGCUCUUAACCAACAGGAUGGAAAAUAUGCUCUCCUCUCAGAUCAUGAUUGGCUUCGUGCACUUCGGAUGACUUCCUAUGGGUUUCUUUUAUACGGCCCCGGUUCCUAUGCUUGGUACCAGUUUCUUGAUCAUACUUUACCUGCGAAAACAGUAGGGAACCUACUAUUGAAGGUUUUAUUAAACCAAAUUGUGCUUGGUCCAACUGUGAUUGCUGUUGUUUUUGCAUGGAACAAUUUAUGGCAAAGGAAACUCUCACAGCUCCCGGACAAGUACCAGAGAGAUGCUUUUCCCAAUAUUUGUGCAGGAUUUAGGUUCUGGAUACCUGUCAGUUUAUUGAAUUUUUGGGUGAUACCUCUUCAAGCCCGUGUAGCUUUCAUGUCUGUGGGCUCGAUAUUCUGGAACUUCUGUUUGUCUUCAACUAUGAGCAAGUAAAAUCUGCGUAUUUUACGUUAUUUUAUAUCAGCAAGCAGACUUGUGAGCACGAGGUUAAUUUGCAGGUCCAGCAUCUGGUACAUUCGAGAAGACAAUGAGGACCAGAAGCACCUUUUUUUAUUGAAAUUCAUAUGCUUCAAAUUUAAAGACGAAUGAUUCUUCCGCUAGCGUGGAAAUUGAGAUAUCAUUAGACUAAAUUAAACUUUAAAUUGCUUUUUUA